CGGUACUCGCUUCGGCCCUCCUAUUGGUGAGGGUAUAGAAAGACUGAAUUCGGAUUGGCUGGUUCACCGCUGGGCUGUGACACGGAAGCGGAUUAGUGGGAGGAGGCUGUGCGGUCCUGGGGCACGUGUUUGGAUGAGGGAUGUUGUGUGUCAGCUAAUUGAUAAAAUGACAACACAGCCAGAGCCAUCUGCGGACACUAGUGCCAGCAGUUCCACUCUGGAUCGAUGUCUCGAGGUUCUGCGAGGAGCUAAGAGUGACAGCGAACAGUUUGCAGCUCUGUUGCUGGUUACAAAAUGUGCCAGAGCUGGGGAGUUGGAUGACAGCACAAGACAUAAAAUUUUUGAUGCAGUUGGCUUUACAUUUCCAAAUCGCCUCCUGUUUUCCACAUCUAACCUUGAUGGAUGUCCUGCACAUUUAUUCCGUAGUCUAGGAGUGACGCUACUGGCUUGCUUCUGCACUGACCCUACCCUUGCAGUGCACCCGCAGGUCAUCAACAAAAUUCCCAUCUUUAAUGAGAUUGUGCAUUCCCCAUGUGCAGAAGGCAGCAAAGAUUAUCCUUCCAUGGUGGACGAUACUUAUCAGUGCCUAGUUGGUGUCUUGGCAUCUCCACAGGGAGCAAAGCACCUGAUUUCUGGUGACACUGUAUCCUCUCUAUGCCAGGCUUACUUAAAUCAUAAUCAUGGCUGGGAACAAGCAUUGCAAAUUCUCACCUCGCUUCUUACUUUACUACCAACAAAAUGUUGGAAAAAAAGUAGCACAGACCUUAAGCGUCUUUUAACAAAACUCACUUUGGAUUUUAGUGAAUUGGAAGAUGAACGGAAAUUCCAACUAGCUGAGAUUUUACCAACAUUUCUCCCACCUUCGUCUAUUGUGCUGGAAUCUUCAUGGGGUAAUGAUUGUUUGAAGUAUCUGUGUAAUGGUUUGUUUAAAAUCCUGAGCAGUAAAUUAAGCAUUGCACAACGUGACCCCGCUUUGAAGUUAGGUGCCUGCCUUGCUCAUACCUAUGGCUCCACGUGGAUCGUGGCAGAGAAGAGAGCUGAAAGGGCCAGGUUUUUGGCCCUGUUGGUAAACUUGGCCUGUGUGGAGAUGAGAAUGGCAUUGGAAGUUCCUGAGCCUCUGGAAUCCCGACAAGCCUUUGUCACAGCCUGUUAUUCUUUGGUUGAAAUGGGUAUCGAAGAAUGUACCAAAGAAGAACGUCCUCUGCUGAAAAGGGACCAGAAGCUGCAACUCAUUCAAGUCAUGCAAGAGGCCUGUGGUGCAGUCAUGUAUCACUUACAACAGAGAGGGUGGGAAAAUAUUGAGGAUCCUUUUACCCUUGCUUCAGUACGGUUAAUAGGUGCAUGGCUAGCCGAGGAAACUUCCUGCCUGAAAAAGGAAGUCAUCGAUCUUUUGCCCUUCCUCGUGCAUUAUAUGAGGACUUGGUACCAGCGUGGUGUGGCCUGCAGGGGUCAGUCAAAGGAAGUCUCUCAAAUGACAUUACUGAGCAGCAAAUGGGGAGCUGUAUGGCCUGGAGAUGCAAUAAGAUUCCUGCUCCCUGCUAUGUGCCACCUUAGUGCUGAGGAAGGUGCACGCAGGGUACUUCUUUCCGAAGGGGUCUCUGCUCUGCUCUGCGACUAUUACCUUCAACAGUGGGAUGUUUUUUCAUCGGAGGAUGCAGAGCCUGCUGAAACCAGGAGUGCGGCAGAACUGAGCCUCCAAAGCUGCUGUGGGGUGUUCCUCAAUCUUGUGGUAACAGAGCCAUCCAUUAUUGGACAGGAGUCCUGUUUUGCUUCUUUGCUGACACAUCUCAUGAGGUCUCUUCCCAGUCUGGAUUCUAAGGACGGUCAUAUGGUUCUUCUUGCCAACAUUGUUACACUUGGCCUAAUGAUGAGCCGAUUAUUAGCUGACACACCAGUGAUGCAGGAAGAUUUCUCCAGGGACUUCUUUUCAGCUGUGAUUCGCUUCUUAAGACAUUCUCACAUGGCUUCAAGUAAUUCAGACUCUAACAAGCCAAGUAUUUCAUUGUCUGAGCGUUAUGCAGAUGCAUGGGAGGAGAUCUCUGAACUAUGGUUCCUUGGUGUACAAGCUUUUUCAAGUUGUGUUUCUCUGCUGCCAUGGCUGUCCACAUUGGUCCUUGAAUCUGGCUGGCUCCAGGAUUUGCUAUGCCUCCUCGAUCAGGUUUCUCCUGCAUCUGUCGGCUCCGAUAUGGUAACUGUGCUUCAGGCUCUUCUCACAGAGUUAACCCAGAACAGCAAACCCUGCAGAGAGCUGAUCCUACAACGAGGAGGUCUAGAGAAAGCCAAUUUAUAUGGAAUGGCUGCUCUGGAACAGUGUCUUGCUGAACUGUAUUUAACAAAAGAUCCAGUGUGAGAGUCUCCAUAUAAAGUUGAACUAUGUAAACUAAAAAAUGUCAGAAGAUGAGCUUUAAAACAAAAUUUUGAUGCAUUCAUGCAUUUUUUGCCUGAAUAAAAUGCAUUAUGAUUGCAUCUACUUCUGUUUUUACUAGUUUUGUUUAUAAUAAUUAAAUGAUCUUGGUGUAUCCAUCAUUUUGAAAACGUGUCUAUUAAUACUGUAGAGUACGUCUUCAAGUUAAAGCAUAUCAUACUGCUCUGUUUUUGCUCUAGAUGAAAAAGGCUAAGUUUGCAGAACAUUUAAAAGGGAACAUUGUUACACUUUUUUUAAAAGGAACAUUCCGAGCACCAUAAGCACUACAGCUCACUGUAGGGGUUAUGCUGACAGGAGUGCCUUAGCGCUCCCCCAUUGUAAAUAGUCAGAUUGGUUUUGAACAGUCUGGUUUCUUACCUGUGGUCCUCCAGGCUCCGCUCCCUGCCUCUACUGCAAUCUCGCGAGAGCUAAUCUGCCGUUAGAACCCGUGAGCUAAGGUCUGCAAUGCAGGAUGUGGCUCAUUGGCUAAGUAUCCGCUUAUUUGCUGAGUGUCAGCUCAUCAGGGCACUCAUGGUAAGCUAUAGCGGUUAUGGCAGUUAGAUUGUUCCUUUCAUAAUUUCCGUAUUGAGUAUUUUAACCCUAUUUAUUAUGCUUUAUACACUCCUGAGGUGAAUUUACACUCCCCAAUGGCUGGUGGACUCAGGUAUUUUGAGUACUGUAUCUAUAUAUCCUUUGAACUUUUAUACACUGUUUGCAUGCACAGUCCCCUAAUUUGUCCAUGACGCUAUGUAGCAACUUAACACCCUGUUCAGGUGGUAUUACUAGUGAUAAAUUUACUGAAUGCAUAAACAUUUCAUUAUAUAUUUUUUUGCUGUUAUAUUUUCUCUUUACAUAAUGACAGUUGCUUCAGAUCAAAUAAGCAAUGAUAGGUUCCUCCCAAAGAAGUGGUUACGUUCAGGAACUUUACAAAGAGGAGUGUUCCCGGUCAGUUUGUGUUUAAGUUACAC